CACACCGAGACGAGACUACAGGCGCAUAUACUCACCUCUUUCCCUUUCUCACCAUCACCUCUACCUUCACUUCAGAGUAGCGGACGUGGCUGGAGAUUCGACGCAGCAUAUACAGAAAGGUCUCCAAGCCCUGACGUGACCCUCCUCAGCGCGACUCGGCGGCGCGGUCCUCUUACUCUACAUCGCAAUGGUCUCGUUUCCUCCUCACCUCCAGCAUGUCCCAGGCCCACCCUUGCCCUUGCCUCGCUGGGUUCCUGCCGGCACACUUGCCGUUUUGGUCACCGCAAUACUCUCCGCAGCCACUCGUCUCGAAUUCUCGGCGUCCAUCUCCCUGUCUAUUGCUCGAUUCAAGUACUGGCUACCCCGCUCGACGAGGUCUGAAAGGCUCAAGUUUGCCUUCAUGAUCAUGACGGCUACCUUCUCCAUGUUCGUCAUGGGCUCGCCAGGCUUUCCCUUGAAGCUAGGCAUACCAGCUCUUUAUAUCCUAGGGAUCUUGUUGCCCGUCUCCUCGCAAUUCCUACUACCAGCUUCGCCCAUUCUCCUCUGGCUCCUCUUCUUCUACUCCUCUGGAUUCCUCGCCCCAUCAACCAGACCUCACAUUUGGGUUUCCGUGCUGCCUACCCUCGAGACGAUCUGGUAUGGUGCCAAUAUCUCCGAUAUCCUGACCAGGGCCGGACAUCCCGUCUUGGACGUAGUCGCAUGGAUACCCUAUGGCGUGGUCCACUUCGCAGCGCCCGCCUUUGUAGCUGCCUUCCUCUUCGUCUUCGGACCCCCGGGCAGCAUCAAAUUCUUCGGAACAGCCUUUGGCUUCUUGAAUCUGAUCGGCGUCAUUAUCCAGGUCACAUUUCCCACCGCGCCGCCUUGGUAUGAGCUGCGCGAGGGGCUCACACCAGCCAACUACUCCAUGAAGGGAUCUCCAGCAGGUCUGGCCAGGAUUGACGCCCUCUUCGGUGGCCAUGGCUAUACCGUCACCUUUACCAAUGCGCCGGUGCCCUUUGGCGCUUUCCCGUCUCUGCAUGCAGCCUGCGCAACAAUGGAGGCGCUGUACUGCAGCUACUUCUUCCCCCUCUCAAUCCAGAUCGGUGGUUCUCUGAUCGACAGGAUUCUGGGUAAAGGCAAGAAGAUAGCCCUUGACGCCAGAAUCCUUUACUGGUCGUACGCCUUCUGGCUCUACUGGUGUACUAUGUACCUCAUGCAUCACUACCUCGUCGAUCUGGUCGGCGGAGGCUGCCUCGCGACGGUCUGCUUCUACUUCUUCCUCGAUGACACGCAGAGGCACUACAUGGAAGACUCAUACCCGACCAACCCUUCCGCACCUGCCACCUUUUCCACUCUUCAAGCAUCGCAUUCUCAACUCAACCUAGGAACGACCUCUCGAGGCAAUGAUGAGUAUGCGCUGGGCGACAUCAACACCCGGGAUCGGCCGCCGAUAGUGAACGACGAGGAGAGGGGGUUCGGGGCAAGGGAUCCAUCGACGCUGUUUGCUCUGGAUGAGGAGGAUGGGCAGGAGGAUGAGGCUGGGAGCAGGCCGAGUGGAAAUGCAGGAAGAUCGAUUACCCCGCGGCCGAAGACGCCUUCGGGCACUUCGGCACAGCAGACUCAGGGCCAAGCUACUCCAAAGGCGAAGCACAACGCCGGUAAAGAGCAAGGAGGGGAUGACAGCAGGGACUCUUUCGACCAGUGGGGAUAG